GCGGGACUGACUGCUUCUGUUGCGCACACGGACAGAGGAGCGAUCGUCAAAUACAUGAUCCGCUUAAUCCCUCAACCCUCCCCAACAGCCAGGACUGCAAGAUAAUUGCGUGUUAAAGUGGAAUCAACAGGCCGAACGGACGCAGAGACGGAUAUAUCGGUGAUUUUGUGUCUUUAACGAUCGGAAUUUGUCGAGGAUGAGGUUGAUCAAGAGCACACAUGCGGAUGGAGGCGAGAAGCACGAGCUGGCUCCUCCUUUCAGAAACCCGUUCGUGCAUGAUUUAAGAUUCACAACACUUCAAAAGCUGCAGAUUGGCUUGAUGACGUUGACGCUCUUCCCCAUCCGCCUCUUCAUCGCUGCGUUCAUGAUGCUGUUGGCCUGGCCAUUUGCCUUCAUCGCUACCAUUGGCCGCUCAGAGUCGGCAGUGGAGCAUCAGUGCUUAUGGAGAAAGGUAGUGGACCUGGUGCUAAAGACCAUCAUGCGGGUCAUGUGGUUUGCAGGCGGGUUUCACUGGAUCAGCAUUAAAGGCAGACAGGCUCUGCCAGCGGAGGCGCCCAUCCUCACCCUCGCCCCACACUCGUCAUACUUUGACGCCAUGCCUGUCACCAUGACGAUGGCAUCCAUAGUGAUGAAAGCUGAGAGCAAGGACAUCCCUGUCUGGGGAACUCUGAUCAAAUACAUCCGACCAGUGUUUGUGUCACGGUCGGACCAGGACUCCAGACGGAAGACCGUGGAGGAGAUCAAGAGAAGAGCUCAUUCAGGAGGGGAGUGGCCUCAGAUAAUGAUAUUCCCAGAGGGGACGUGCACCAAUAGAUCCUGUCUGAUCACGUUCAAACCAGGAGCAUUCAUUCCUGCUGUACCUGUACAGCCUGUAGUAAUUCGCUACCCCAACCAACUGGACACCAUCACCUGGACGUGGCAGGGACCUGGGGCCUUUAAGAUCCUGUGGUUGACUUUGUGCCAGCUUCACAAUGAAUUUGUGAUUGAGUAUCUGCCCAUCUACACUCCCUCAGAGGAGGAGAAGAAGAAUCCAGUGCUCUUCGCUCACAAUGUGCGCCGUUUGAUGGCAAAAGCCCUGCAGGUUCCUGUGACAGACUAUUCAUUUGAAGACUGUCAGUUAGCUAUGGCUGAGGGUCAGAUCAGGCUGCCAGUGGACACGUGUCUGCUGGAGUUUGCCAAACUUGUCCGCAGACUGGGAUUAAAACGUGAGAAUCCUGAGAGACGUCUACAGGAAUAUGGGAACAGAGCGCAUAAACUCCAAGGAGAAAGACUGAGUCUGGAGGACUUUGCUCAGUUCCUGGACCUGCCAGUGUCAGACGUGCUCAGAGAUAUGUUUUCUCUCUUUGACGAAAGUGAAGAUGGGUCAAUGGAUAUCCGAGAAUUUGUGAUCGCCUUCUCUGUUGUGUGCAGGCCCGCAAAAACACUGGAAACCAUGAAGUUGGCUUUUAAGAUGUUUGAGGCAGAAGAAGAUGGUGCGAUCACAGAGAAUGAGUUUAUGUGUAUCUUGAAGACUGCACUGGGGGUUGGAGAACUCGUAGUCAGUCGUCUGUUCAGAGCCAUUGAUGAAGAGGACACUGGCAAACUCAAUUUUGAGAGCUUUAGGAACUUUGCCGAACAACAUCCAGACUUUGCUGUGGAGUACCUCUACUCAGACCAUGCAGGAUUCGGGGGCAGUUCCUCUUCUCACACCUCCAAUCCCAUGGCCAACGGUUUCUGUGCUGAUUUCACCCCAAGCGAUCACCACCACGCUCCUCAAAAGAAACUCGACUGAGUCCCUUCCUUGACGUUCAGUCCCUCGCCAGAGAAACAAAGGAAGGCAGUCAGAGUCACAACAUUGCAAAGUUUGCUUCCUGGUAUCCAUAACAUUUUGUGAUUAUUUUAUGCCUGCUGGGUUUCUCCUCCACCUUUCAGCUUGUUUUGUUUUUUUUAAGGGGCAAAUUAAAGGGAUUUUUCUUAAUUUUGUAAAACGUAAAUACUUGAAGGCCAAGCACUUAUUUCGUUUCUCAUUGGGUGAUUUAUUUGUGUGAUACUGACUGCAUGUUCUUUUUUUUUUUCUUUUUUUUAUGGGGUGAAAAUUAGGCAAGCAAACAAAAUAUCCCAUUCAGGAAUGAAUUGAGAAGUUUUAUUUCUUUUAACUUGCACUCUGUUACUCUCACUGCCCAAAUUUUCCACCCCGUAAUGAGUGUAGAUGCCUUUAUGAAAUAAGUAAGUAAGUAUUGCAUGGGCUCAGUGCUUGAUAACAGUAUUUCUCCGUAUUUGGCGAAAAGAUCAUUUAGCACUAGUGAAAAAUAUCUGUACAAGAGUGUCAGAUUUGAGGUGCAAAAUGGUCCAAUGAAGUGCUGGUCUGAAUCCAAAUGAGCCAGUUCAGUUAUUUUAUUAUGUCUCCUUAUUCUUUCAUUUUUUGUCCAUUAGCUCAGGGGUGCGGGAAAAGUGGCUAAUGGUGUUUUUUGUUGUCCUUUUUUUUUUUUUUUUACUUUUUUUUUUUUUUUUUUAUGUGAACUGGAUUAUUUUGGCAAUAGGUGAGUCAUCUUUUUGUACAGUCAAUUACACAUUCUUACAUUCCCAAUGUACAACAACCAAUAUAUGACACAAUCACUAGUCAUCCCAGGUAGAUUUAAUUUUGUAAUUUUGUUUUUACUUUUAGGUACUGAAAUAAACUGCUAAAGUUGCUAAAAUCUUGAAUUUAUAUGGACCAAAUACAUGAUAACGACUGUGUUGUAGUUAGUUUUGUGAAUCAGGAAUUCAAAUUUUAUUUUAUUUUUUUCACCUAAAACAGAAUAAACUAAAUUAAUAGAACGUUUACCUUUUUGAUAAAUACCAUUUACCUGUAUUUUUCUAUUUUUCACUCAUAAAGGCAAUUAAAAAAAAUCAAGCAGAACAAUUUGGCUUUGAAAUCUCAACUUUGUGCAUAAAUUUACUUCUUAACGAGCCCAGUUUCAGAUAUUUUUGAAAAUAAUUCCCAAUUUCUUCCUACAUUUUACAUCAAGAAAAUGUUUCCUUUUUUUUUUGAGCUUUGCUUUCUUCACACGAUCAAAUGUCCAAGUCAAAUUUGUUUUGUUUUUGAACUAAAGGAUGAACUUUUGAACGAAAAAAAAAAAAAAGUCUAAAGGAUAAUGUUUUGUAUUUUAAAAAUUUUAACAAUAGGUUUUCAUGUUCUACUUGCAAAAAAAGCUUAAUGACUGAUGAUGAGGGAAUACAUAAACCUUUUCAUUUGAUUUUUGAAAACAUUAUGGCAUGAAUUGUUUUGGGUUUUUCUUUUUGACUAUUUAAUGUGGCCGAAGUGAAGCUAUAUUUCUAAUACUGUUAUUUUCUUACAUUUGAUUUACCACAAAGAUUGCAGAAAUUGCCAGAGUUUAUUUUGCUAUAAGAUACUGUUAGAUACUGACUUGUUUUGUAUGGUCGAUUAGCUAUUGAGAUGAUAUAGGUUUGCUUUCUUGAUGAAUACCAUAAAUAGACUAUCAGUUUUUUAUUUGAACUUUUGAAAUCAUCUUGCAUUCCAUUGUAAAGCAUCAGAUGUGGAAACUCUUUAAUGUCACUGUGUUUACUGGUCUGUCCACAGCUGUAUAGUUACAUGAAUCCAAGGCCCAUAUAUGCGCUAUUAAACACCUGUGACUAAAUUUACAGGUCUAGGAUCAGUGCCAUCUAUAAGAGUUCUGUUUAUAAGUAUAUGAAUAGCCUGAUCCUAGAUCUCCACUUAUAAUCUGAGAGAUCUGAUGCAAACCUGAAAUCAUGAAAUCAGUUCACUUCACUAACCGUUCGGUUCUCGACUAAAAUCAAGUCACGUUCUCAGUAAAGCAAUAUUUUAUCAAUGUCACCACCUCUGACUUUUUAAAAAUAGAUGAUUUCUGAUAUGUAUUUUGAAUAUUCCAAAUGCGGGGCAUUUUGUGAAUUUUGAUAUACAUAAAGGAAUUUUUUUUUGAGUUUCACUGCCAUGAAAGAUCUGUGAUCUAAAGUGUUAUUUUCAAAUUAUAACAAUGACUGAAAUGAUAAACUAGUAUCUUUAGAUCCUCGAUCUUUUUAAAUUUGUUGUGCUGUUUUCCUUGAAUGACUAUGCUGAAUGACUAUAAUUACUGUUACAAUCUUUUUUGUUUUGUUCUUUAUAUUUAUGAAAUAAUUCCAAUUUCAUAAUUAUUGUUGGCCUUGAAUUUCAAUGUAGUUUUUCUUUUUGAAAAAAAAAAUGUAGUUUUGCAAAGAAGAGAAUGUAUCGACAAUCCAUCACAAUUGAGAGUAAAAACUGUAUCAUACUGAAGUAACAUAUACUCUGCUAUCUGCGACACUAUAUCACGCCGCUCAAACAGCAAGUUGGGAGCAAAGACGCUUUGAACCUGAUGUACAGUACGGUCUCUGUACACAUGACGGUUCGAGUCAUCAACUCGCCACAAUGUUUUUCAAUCCAGUUGUCUUGGUUCACACUACCCCACCUGUUUUCAAAGUUUAAUGUAUAUUUACUUGUGCUGGCACUUUAGAUUUUUAAACUUUCUUUUUGUUACUUCUUGGAAAAAUGUGAUGCCGUAUGCUGGUGUGCAUGUGAUCGGCUAAGAUGUUAAAGUGGUUUGUAAUGCCAUCAUUAUGGCUUUGUAUCUAUAAGUACCCAUACAGACCACAGGGAGACUGUAUCUGAUUGAGCAGAAGGGAAUCGCGGGUUUGUUCAGGGCUCUAUUUUUCUUGGGACCAGUAGGAAUUGCGGUUCUUACACAUUUAAUGGACACCCAAAAAUGUAAACUCUGUUGUCAUGGACUCACACGUUACAAACAUGACUAUUCAUUGGAUCAUAAAAGGAGUUAUUUAUACAUUAUAUCCACUUUCAUUGUAUGGCAAAGAGUCACACCCGUGUGUGUGUGUGUGUGUGUAUGUGUAUAUAUAUAUAUAUAAAUAAUCAUCCACACAAGAAUUUGAAUUUUUUUUUUAGUGAACUAUCCCUUUGAACUACAUCUUUUUGCAGAGGAUAAGCUCAGUGCAGUUGAGAAAAGCAUUCUUUUUUUUAUGGUUAUUUCAUUUGUUGCGAGAUUGAUUGAUUUGACUUUGCUUCUGCUCAGAUUCUUUGCUGAGCAAGUGCUAAUUGAGUCUUGAGUAUACAGAUAAUUAUCACAAAACCUGACAAGAUCAUGUUAUGUUUCAGCUGAAUGGUCACAUUCACUUAAAAGAGAGAAAAUUAAGACCAAGUUUUUAUGUGUAUUUAUUUUUUCAUGAGAAUGACAUGACAAAUUCUUGUUAAAAUAAUUAAGACAAUAUCGGAUUCUCAUUACUGUUAUGUGAAAAAAUAAAAAGAUUUAUAUUGUAUUAUACAUUUAAAAAAAUACUUUUUAAAAAUGUAAAAUAGUUAUAUAUAUAAUUUGUUGUAUUGCUUUUCAUUUAUAUGGAAUUUGAAUAAAAUAUGUUACAAAAUUGCAGAAUUGAGAAUCUAGUCAGAAUUCAAGCAACCCAUUGCAAACAUUGAUGGUGGUAAUAUAUAUAUAUAUAUAUAUAUAUACACACACACACACACCAAUCAGCAAACAAUUAAAACCACCUGCCUAAUAUUGUGUAGGUCCCCCUUGUGCUGCCAAAACUGUGCCAACCUGCAUUUCAGAAUAGCAUUCUGAGAUGAUAUUCUUCUCAGCACAGUUGUACAGAGCGGUUAUCUGAGUUACCGUAGACUUUGUCAGUUCGAACCAGCCUGGCCAUUCUCUGUUGACCUCGCUCAUCAACAUGGCAUUUCCAUCUGCAGAACUGCCGCUCACUGGAUGUUUUUUUUUUUUGUUUGUUUGUUUGUUUGUUUGUUUUUUUGGCACCAUUAUGAGUAAAUUCUAGAGACCGUUGUGUGUGAAAAUCCCAGGAGAUCAGUAGUUACAGAAAUACUCAGACCAGCCCGUCUGGCACCAACAAUCAUGCCACGGUCAAAAUCACUGAGAUCACAUUUUUUUUUCCCCAUUCUGGUGGUUGAUGUGAACAUUAACUGAAGCUCCUGACCAGUAUCUGCAUUAUUUUAUGCACUGCACUGCUGCCACAUGAUUGGCCGAUUAGAUAAUCGCAUGGAUGAUUGUUGGUGCCAGACGGGCUGGUUUGAGAAUUUCUAUAACUGCUGAUCUUUGGCACGAGGGGGACCUACACAAUAUUAGGUAGGUGGUUUUAAUUGUUGGCUGAUCAGUUUGUGUGUGUUUGUGUGUGUGUGUAUAUAUAUAUAUAUAUAUAUAUGAGAGAGAGAGAGAUCUCAUGAUUUUAAAGGAAAAUGUGACCUGCACAUGUUUUGUGAUAUUUACACAUUGGCAUAUUUAAAAAUUAUAAAUUAAACGAGCAGAAAUGUUUGAUAAAUGGAGACCUGAGCAAACCCUAGUCAGCCUAUUUGCAGUUUGAAAAAAAAAGGACCCAGCUCUCGCUCGGGCGUGUAACCCCUUUUUUUUUUUUUUUUUCAGCGUAGUUUAUUUAAAAUACCUCACAGGAAGACCUGUUUUACUCUGUGUUUUCAAACUGUAAAAUCAUAUUUAUUUCUCUUCCUUCUGCCUCUGAUGGUGUGUUCUACACAGAGCUAAAGAAGAGAGACUAAAUUUGUCUUUUUAAGUAAUGCGUCUUUCUGAUGGCUCGUCACCCGUCUGGCUUGUCUAGGUGUUUAGGUUUGUUUUCUAUUUUUUGCCCUAAAUGUUAUUUUGUAAUGUAUCAAAAGAGUCAUUUUUACAAGAUACCUGGGCUUGUCUGUUUUGAAUGCUAAGAAAUGACUUGUCAUUCUGACUCUGUAAUAAAAAAGGGACACUUGACGACA